CAUCCGUCACGCAGACCCUUCCGGAGCCACUGCAGCUGUGGAUGAUCGAGAGGAUCUGGUGUACCAGGCGAAGCUGGCCGAGCAGGCUGAACGAUACGACGAAAUGGUGGAGUCAAUGAAGAAAGUAGCAGGGAUGGAUGUGGAGCUGACAGUUGAAGAAAGAAACCUCCUAUCUGUUGCAUAUAAGAAUGUGAUUGGAGCUAGAAGAACCUCCUGGAGAAUAAUCAGCAGCAUUGAACAGAAAGAAGAAAACAAGGGAGGAGAAGACAAACUAGAAAUGAUUCGGGAAUAUCAGCAAAUGGUUGAGACUGAGCUAAAGUUAAUCUGUUGUGACAUUCUGGAUAUACUGGACAAACAUCUGAUUGCAGCAGCUAACACUGGCGAGUCCAAGGUUUUCUAUUAUAAAAUGAAAGGGGACUACCACAGGUAUCUGGCAGAAUUUGCCACAGGAAAUGACAGGAAGGAGGCUGCGAAGAACAGCAUAGUGGCUUAUAAAGCUGCUAGUGAUAUUGCAAUGACAGAACUUCCACCAGCGCACCCUAUUCGCUUAGGUCUUGCUCUCAAUUUUUCCAUAUUCUACUACGAAAUUCUUAAUUCCCCUGACCGUGCUUGCAGGUUGGCAAAAGCAGCUUUCGAUGAUGCAAUUGUAGAACUGGAUACGCUGAGUGAAGAAAGCUAUAAGGACUCUAAACUUAUCAUGCAGUUGUUACGUGAUAAUCUGACACUAUGGAUUUCAGAUAUGCAGGGUGAUGGUGAAGAGCAGAAUAAAGAAGCGCUGCAGGACGUGGAAGACGAAAAUCAGUGAGACAUAAACCAACAAGAGAAACCAUCUCUGACCACCCCCUCCUCCCCAUCCCACCCCUUGGAAACUCCCCAUUGUCACUGAGAACCACCAAAUCUGACUUUUACAUUUGGUCUCAGAAUUUAGGUUCCUUCCCUGUUUUUUUUUUUUUUUUUUUUUUUUUU